AGUCUGAGGCUAUGAGAGGGAGAGAGGAGUCCCAGGCCGCACCAUCAUGCUACUUCUGAGACGCCGGGAUGAGACUUUGGCUGGCAAAACACAAGGUAUUACUCUCCCACUCCUCCACCAUGCCUGUUUACGGCUGCCGCACCCCCUCCUCACCCGGGGGUCGAUCCAGUCCCUCCACCCCCUCCUCCACCACGACGACCCCUUCAGUCGCCCAGCACCGAGAGAGGCACAUCGGACCCUCCUCACCUCCUCCCCCGCCUCCAUCGCUCCACCGCCCCCCCUCCCACUGCCUCUCUCUCCUCCUCCUGCUGCUCUGCCUCCUCCACCUGCCGCCGGCCUGCCACUCCCGGAGAGAGAAGGGAGGAGGUGGAGGGGGAGGAGGAGGAGGAGGAGGAGGGGGAGGAGGUGGUGGUGGCAGCCAUUACGUGCCAAUCCCCCAGCCCCCUCCCCACCACAUGGCGCUGCCCAACAUCCUGCGUGGCCUCAGCAUCGCCGUGGUGCUCGUGGGGAACUCUAGCGAGAUGGCGCUGGCUGGAGGGCGGGAAAAAGAAGACUUCCUCCACAUGGCGCCCAACGUGGAGGUGCUGACGAUGAACGAGACGGACCCCAAGAGCAUCAUCAAGAGCAUCUGCGACCUGAUGACGGAGCACUGGCUGCAGGGCGUGGUGUUCGGGGACGACACCGACCAGGAGGCCAUCGCACAAAUCCUCGACUUCAUUUCGGCCCAGACGCACAUCCCCAUCCUGGGAGUCCGCGGGGGGUCGUCCAUGAUCAUGGCUGCCAAGGAUGACGACUCCAUGUUCUUUCAAUUCGGCCCGUCCAUCGAGCAGCAGGCCUCGGUCAUGCUGAACAUCAUGAAGGAUUACGACUGGUACAUCUUCUCCAUCGUCACCACGUACUACCCGGGGUACCAGGACUUUGUCACCAAGAUCCGUAGCACCAUCGAGAACAGCUUUGUGGGCUGGGAGCUGGAGGAGGUCAUACUGCUCGACAUGUCCGUGGAUGACGGAGAUUCAAAGAUCCAGAACCAGCUGAAGAAGCUCCAGAGCCCCGUCAUCCUCCUCUACUGCACAAAGGAGGAGGCCAACACCAUCUUCGAGGUGUCGCACUCUGUCGGGAUCACCGGAUACGGCUACACAUGGAUAGUGCCCUCGCUGGUAGCUGGAGACACUAUUGUAGUGCCUGCAGAGUUCCCGACAGGUCUGCUUUCUGUGUCCUACGACGAGUGGGACUACAACCUGGAGGCUCGGGUUCGUGACGGCGUGGCCAUCAUCACCAUGGCGACGUCCACCAUGAUGAUGGACCGCGGGCCGCACACCCUGCUGAAGUCCGAGUGCCACGGAGCUCCAGACAAGAAGACCCCCAUCUCAGGCAACCCCAACGAAGUGCUCAGGUACCUGAUGAAUGUGACGUUCGAGGGGCGUAAUCUGUCAUUCAGCGAGGACGGAUACCAGAUGCACCCCAAGCUAGUCAUCAUUCUGCUCAACAAGGAGAGGCAGUGGGAGAGGGUGGGUAAAUGGGAGAACGGUUCCCUGUCCAUGAAGUACCACGUGUGGCCUCGUUAUGAACUGUAUGGCGGGGCAGCAACCAGGGAGGACGACCACCUGUCCAUCGUGACUCUGGAGGAAGCUCCCUUCGUCAUCGUGGAAGACGUGGAUCCGCUCAGCGGGACCUGCAUGAGGAACACCGUGCCCUGCCGGAAACAGUUAAAAACACUCAAUGAAACGAAGGACUCUGGGAUCUACAUAAAGCGCUGCUGUAAGGGAUUCUGCAUCGACAUCCUGAAGAAGAUCGCCAAGCAGGUGAAGUUCACCUACGACCUUUACCUGGUGACCAACGGCAAGCACGGAAAGAAGAUCAACGGCACGUGGAACGGCAUGGUGGGAGAGGUGGUGUUGAAGAACGCUCACAUGGCCGUCGGCUCCUUGACGAUCAACGAGGAGAGGUCGGAGGUCAUCGACUUCUCCGUCCCCUUCAUCGAGACGGGCAUCAGCGUCAUGGUCUCCAGGAGCAACGGCACCGUGUCCCCCUCCGCCUUCUUAGAGCCCUUCAGUGCGGAUGUGUGGGUGAUGAUGUUCGUGAUGCUGUUGCUGGUGUCAGCAAUGGCUGUGUUUAUAUUCGAGUACUUCAGCCCCGUGGGCUACAACCACUGUCUGGCUGACGGCAGAGAGCCUCACGGUCCGUCCUUCACCAUCGGUAAGGCCAUCUGGCUGCUGUGGGGUCUCGUGUUCAACAACUCCGUGCCCGUGCAGAACCCCAAAGGCACCACCAGUAAGAUCAUGGUGUCGGUGUGGGCCUUCUUCGCCGUCAUCUUCCUCGCCUCCUACACUGCCAACCUGGCCGCCUUCAUGAUCCAGGAGGAGUACGUGGACCAGGUGACCGGCCUCUCCGACAAAAAGUUCCAGAGUCCAAACGACUUCUCGCCUCCGUUCCGGUUCGGCACCGUCCCAAACGGCAGCACGGAGAGGAACAUCAGGAACAACUAUCCGGAGAUGCACGCAUACAUGACCAAGUUCCAUCAGAAGAACGUCAACGAAGCUCUGGGGAGUCUGAAGGCCGGCAAACUAGACGCUUUCAUUUACGACGCGGCCGUGCUGAACUACAUGGCCGGUCGGGAUGAGGGCUGUAAGCUGGUGACCAUCGGCAGCGGAUACAUCUUCGCCACCACGGGGUACGGCAUCGCCAUCCAGAAGGAGUCGCUGUGGAAGAGGCACGUCGACCUGGCCAUCCUGAUGCUCUUUGGGGACGGUGAGAUGGAGGAGCUGGAGUCGCUCUGGCUGACGGGAAUCUGCCACCACGAGAAGAACGAGGUGAUGUCCAGUCAGCUGGAUAUCGACAACAUGGCGGGUGUUUUCUACAUGCUGGGCGCCGCCAUGGCUCUGUCGCUCAUCACCUUCAUCUGCGAGCACUGGUUCUACUGGCAGCUGCGCUUCUGCUUCAUGGGAACCUGCUCCGGACAGCCGGGCUUCGUCUUCUCCAUCAGCAGGGGCAUCUGGAGCUGCAUCCACGGGGUGCAGAUCGAGGAGAAGAGCAACAGCUCGGCGUUGAACUCCCCAUCCGCCACCAUGAACAACACCCACUCCAACAUCAUGCGCCUCCUACGAACCGCCAAGAACAUGGCGUCCCUGUCCGGAGUGAACGGAUCGCCCCACAGCGCGCUGGACUUCAUCCGCCGCGAAUCCUCCGUCUACGACAUCUCCGAACACCGGCGCAGCUUGGCGGGACACUCAGACUGCAAGCCGCCGUACCCACCGGAAGACAACAUGUUCAGCGACUACAUCAGCGAGGUGGAGAGGACGUUUGGCAACCUCCACCUGAAGGACAGCAAUCUGUACCAGGAUCACUACCUGCACCACCACGGCUCGACGCUAGGGCUCAGCGGACCGCCGCCGCCCAGGCCUCAUAGCUUGGGUAGCGCAAGUUCUCUGGAAGGGGGGAUGUUUGAUUGUGAGAGCAUUGGAGGAGGGGUGGCGCCUAUUUUCACCACCCAGCCCUGCUCGGCAUUGACCCACAGGAACAUGAGCAAGUUUGAUUUGCUGUCCGGACAAACUCCUCCCUCAGGGCAGAGCUUUAAGGGAGGCUUGCCAGACCUUUACGGGAAGUUUUCCUUUAAGGGAGGCGCCUCAAGCUCCACGUUUAUCCCCGGUCACGGAUACUGCGGAGGUAGAGGAGACGACGAUGGGAAUAUGGAUCGACGGUCGGACGUCUCGGAUAUAUCCACGCACACGGUGACUUACGGAAACCUGGAGGGUAACGCCAAGAAACGCAAACAGUACCGCGAUAGCCUGAAGAAAAGGCCGGCCUCUGCCAAGUCCAGACGGGAGCUGGACGAGAUCGAGCUGGGCUACCGGAGGAAACCCUACCACAUCAGCCACCCAUCACUACACCACGGCCACCGCUCCGCCUCCCCACCGCUGCUGCCCCAGAACGGAAGAAGAGGCUUAAGUGGGAACAGCGACGGGAACUACAUGUUCAGAGAGAAGGAAAGCGUUAGGGAUUUCUAUUUGGACCAGUUUCGGCCCAAAGAGGGCGUUCCUCAGUGGGAACGUGACCUGACGGAAGGCCCUGGGAGUAGAGAUGGAGGCAACUGCACCACCCUGGUUCCAGUGGAUGACUUUCUUAAGUCAAAGAACCCAAAAAGUCAGAUUUUAAAGAGUGGUGUGGGAGGAUCUGGGCUGGCAGGGGGAGAGUGGAGUGGCAGGAACUGUAGGGCUAGCGGGGGAGCAAGCAGAUGUCGAUGCACGGCGGGUGUGUACGGUGGUGGUAUGAGCUGUGGGACGUCGGGAGGCGGAGGUAACAGCCGCCCAAGCUCUGCGACCUGCAUGCGCUGCGAGGGUUGUAAAAGGACAGGAAACCUCUACGAUAUCAGCGAGGACAACAACCACCUCUUGGAACAGAUGGGGGGAGGGAAUGGCGUUGGUGGGGGAGGUGGAAUUAUGGGCCCAGGCCCUCAAUCUCAGGGCCAGCAGAGGAGGAAGAGCGGAGGAUUCGGGAAACCACUGAGGCGGCAGCACUCGUACGACGCUUUUGUUGACAUUCAGAAAGAGGAGUCGGGCGGGAUGGGCAGUUUAAUGGGUCUGGGAGGUUUGGGGGGGGGAAUGGGGAGCCAAGUGAUGGGAGGGAUGCUGCCCCCACCCAGGAGCGUUAGCUUGAAGGAGAAAGAGCGCUACAUGGAGGGCACCAGCCCCUUCGCACACAUAUUCGAGCGCCAAGGGGCUCGGAGGCGAGAACGGGAACGAGACAGGGACCCGUUGUUUUACGAGGGUCGCAAACGACCCGGAUCACCGUUCGUGUUCAGAGGCGACGGCCUUCACCGCCGCUCCAUCGGAGAGAGAGACAUGCGAGACAGGGACAGGUCUCUGAUGGAGGGAGGAGGCGGGGGAGGGUUCUCUUUAUCCAAAUCUCUUUACCCAGACAGGGUCAACCAAAACCCCUUUAUACCCACCUUUGGCGACGACCAGUGUCUGAUGCACGGAGCCAAACAAUAUUACAUGAAAAAGCAGCAGCAGCAGCAGCAGCAGCAGCAAGUUGCCAAACCAAGCCGAAGUGACUUCAGGAGCCAGAUGAGCACGACGUCAAACCUGCCGGCGUCCGCCACGGCCGGGGUGAUGUCCAACGUGACGCCCCGGUUCCCAAAAGAGCUCAGCCUCGGUGGGAUGAACCACCACGGCUCCAUGCUGGGGGUCGGCCCCCCGCGUCCCUUCAAUGGAAGCAAUGGCCAUGUGUACGAGAAACUGUCCAGCAUUGAGUCUGACGUGUGAGAUCGACAAUUGGCGAGUUAGGAGUGGACGAUGGGCGAGGGGGGGAGGAAGGGAGGAAAUCGAGGCGUGUUGUGUUCGGAGAUCAGGGAUGAUUUGACAGACACUGUCCGACACACUGCAACUCUAGCCCCAUAUUGGGACAGCAAGGUGAAAGGGGAGAGAGCUGUGAAAUUGAAAUGGGUCAAAUCUGGGUAAAAGAAUCCGGACACCCUGUGGAGCUGUGGGACCCUCUCUCUCAGUAACGGGCAAAGCUACUUUUAUGUCCAAACACAGUCAAUCAACAUUCCCCUUAACAUCGCAGACGCACUCAACUCCAAGCCUGUCAUUUCACGAGGCAGAAGCCGAUGUUCUUAGAGAGGUGACACUUCAUCUCAGUUUGAUAUUGGACUGUCUGGUGCGAUGGCUGUCUGAGAGAUCUCCCGCUGAGUGCUCUUGAGGAAAAACUGCGAGAACGAGCUGCCCAUCUGCCGCCGUUUCACCGCAGAAAGGAGACAUUUUCAUGUUUUACCCCCAAGCUGCGAUCCUUUAUCUCUUCACCCCCUAUCCUCCUCCUCCUCCUCCUCAUCUCUGACGCCAAAAGAGCUGAUCUUGUUUGCUAUGAGAAAUACAAUCAUGAAUGAUAAUAAGAUAUUCUUAUAGAAAAAAACAGGGUAUAAGAACAACAAUAAUAAUAUUGUGAAUAACAAAGAUGUUAGUGCUGAUUAUGAUAACACUGCUUAUGAUAAGUUUUUUCUUGUUUAUGUUCUGUUGUUAUAAUAUUUCACUACUGUUUUAGUAUCUGUAGUUGUAAUCCUGUGUGCAAGCAGGACGGUUGUUAAGUUCAACCAACAAGCCAGAAAGACUGAGACCUUAACUCCUUUUUGAUUCUGUUUUUACGCCAUGCUCAUACAUUUAUUUGCUCCUUGUGAAAGUAACUGGAUCUGGACACGUUUAGAGCUGACAGAUGUUUUCAAGACAUUACAAAUCACACACACUUAAAACACAACUUGUAACUUGUGUUACUGUGAACGACGUCCCGAAGCCGAAGAUACCGAGAGGAAGGACGUGCCUUAAUGGUCUCCAGUGGAUGUGUCCUCCGGUUCAAACCAGGGACGGACCGGCAUGUUUUUCAGGCUGAUCUCUUUUCGUGUAUGAGCCAAAAAAAAACUGCAGUGAAAAUUGACAUCAGGCUCGAGGCGCUGCUGCAGCCGAAGGUUUCGAUUACAAGAGACGUUUUAUAACUUCGUAAAAAAUAUUUCAUACGGCGAGUUUGGGCAGCGCUUUACGUACAAAAUGCAUUCAGGAUGUCACGGAUAGCGUCUCACUUCACAACACGGCAGCCUUUAGACCACUUAUUUAUUCAGGUUACAUGAUAACAGUCACCGGGCACUCUUUAUUGAUUUUCUUGUUUGGGCCUCUCAACCGGUAUCUCGUUGAAGGCGUUACUUUCCACUUACAGAAAGCUUUGUUUGUACAUUGUGUGUGAUUAAUAUAUGCACUGUUAUGUUGGCGAAAUGCAACAACGUGUAGGAGAUGUGUUCCUGCGACAAUGAUGCCCCGUUAAAGCUCGAGCUGAGGAAGGUGUCUAUUUGAGGCGUACCGGAAGGCGGCCAUCUUGCGAAAUCUUGAUGUAGAUAUGGUCUUUUUUUUUUUCCGCUUGAGAGGCCUCAUUUAUUGCACAGGACCUUUUUACUCAGUGUAGGUUCAGCACUCAGUAGACAUGCCUUAUCAUCCCCCCCCCCCCUUCCCACCUGGAGCUGUCUGAUGAUGACUCAUCACAUUACUGUACAAAUAAAGAAGCCUGUAUUUAAAGGCUUGAUCUUCGAUUAGCUGGCGGUGUCAGAAGUUCAAGGGCUGCGGGAAGAUGGCGCAGAGGGUCUAUUGUCAUCUUAUAACCCCUAUUCUAAAUGCAUCAAUGAAAGAGGUUUGGCGUGUGUGUGUGUAUGUGUGUGUGUGUGUGUAUGUGUGUGUGAGGAGGGAAAUCACGAUUGAAUGAUAACAGCUGUUUUUUCUCGCGACUGAUAACUGCUCAUAGGUUCAACCCCUUGCUCCACAGAUAACACGGACAAAAUGAGACCGAUCGAGUUAGCCUUAAAUCAAACAGAUCUUACCCCCCCUCCACCAUGACUCUCCUAAUAAAUAGAUUGGGAUCUCUGGAAUUUUUAUACGCACACAUUUUUGAAAGUUCAGGUUUCAACUAUUGUCAGCGAGACGGUUUAAAAGAAGGAUAACGGGAUAAAAACGACGAGGAAAUAAGACGGAGCGGACGAGAGAGACCUCGGUGUGUGGGCAUCAAUCAGCGUCAGCAUUUGUACGUUUCAAUCUUUUUCCUUGUAAAUAAUCUAUUUAAAAUACUCUUUUCACUUGUACAGUAAACAGACAGACAGGAUGUAACUUUCAAUAUGUUUUACAGCAAUUUAAGAAAUAAAACCACAAUAAAAAACUCUUUAAAAAAAAAACAGAAAAAUUACUGAAAUAAAAAUAUGCAAAAUAUAGUUAAGACACAAAUAUUACUAAUCAUAAGUGAUAUAAUUGAACCUCUUUUUUCUUGAAUCUCAUGUUAUUUAAUUAUAAUAGUUUACCAAUCAGUAUACUGAUUAUGUUAAGAAUUAUGCUUUCUUUCAUAUUUUCUCUAAAGUGUUGGGAAUGGGAGGAUACUUUACUGUAGGUGUAGACGUUUGGUGAUAAAAAGGGGAAAGUUUAGUUUUAGGAGUCUUUGCUAAGUUUCCCUUGAAUUGUGUUAGAUUCUCUCUUUUUAAGGUAAGCUCUUCUUCAUGCUUUUUGAGAUAAAUUCAAUUAUCUACACAUUUAUGGAAUACAAUAUUACAUGUAUACAUAGAUGAUAUUUGCAUAUAGAGGCAGUAUAUUGUGAUCCUUCAUUUUUAGGCAGUUCAAAACAGAUACUUGUGUUUUUGUUGCCCGCUUUUUUUUUUUUUUUUACCUGGGCUCUGAUGGUGAUUGCACAGAAUUUAGAGCCAUUGUCGGCCCCGGCCUAUCCUGUUCCCUCUCUUUCUGUUUGGGAUAGACAUCACUGUGGUAAAGAAUAUACACACACACACACACACAUUGAACGCUGCAGUCUUUCAGCACAAUAUUAAUGCGAAAAAACACGAGCGAGUAAUCGUAUUGAGAACCCAAUAGGGAAGGGGAACAGGGUGGCAUUCUGGGGCAUUGCAGGCCAUCUUUGGAGGAUAGCGUCCGUAGCAACAACAGCAGCCGCCAAUAUACUGUCUAUCAGCGUUUCCUAGUCACCUGUCAGCGUUUUUUUUUAUCCAAAAUGAAUAAAGUAUGGCGUGAAAUAUUAACGACUUAUAAAUACAAAACUAUAGGUAGAAACAGAGGAGCGUUAUUUUACAAAAUAAAGUGAAUUAAUGCCAUCUGUGACUUAUGAAUUAAGAGAAGAAGAUGAACACAUCACUGUUAUUGAUGUCGGUGUUUGGAGUGAGUGUCUACAACCUGUCGGUAAAUUAAGAAUAUUAAAUAUUUACAGGCCCAUGUCAAGUUUUACAAACAGCUUGAUACCGGACCUUCAAAAUCUACAGGUUUAUUGAAAACUAUACAGUCAACCGGACAGAGGUAAGACAACUCAUGCUAUGCUAACUAAAUGCUAACAAACGUUGGCAUCUCAUGCAUAAUUUUCCUGGUAUAUGCAAGUAUACUGCUAUAUAUUAUGUUAUAAAUCAUAUUCACAGUGUAGUGGUUUGUGUUCCUGUAGUUCAGAGGAACACAAUUCAGCGUCUCUUGCUGAUGUCUCCCUCCUCUGCCUUUUAGUUUAAAGGAAUACAAUCUAAUCACAUGGUCCUUGUUUUUGUUUUGUUCAUUGAUCAUAGGAGUUGCUGUUACAGUGACAUAACAGUGCCUACCGCCAUGUUUUACAAGGUUAAAAGUUAAGCUCCUUUGCGCGCCGUACAGGUUAAGUCAAUAAGUUGCAUUCGCCGGUAUCCUCCAAAGAUGGACGACUUGCCGUUAGUGACGCCACAUUCCCAUUCCUAUUGAAUGCAUUUGUGCAAACCCCUUAUUAAUUAAAAGGUGCAACAUUUGUUCUGUCAUUUCAUGUAGACUUCUGCUUCAGGGGAAUAUAUUUCAGCUCAUAUUACUAAACUGUAUUAUUUGACAGAUGAAAAACACUUGAGAAGCGUUGGAUUCUUAUUUAUACUUGUGCCGUGCUUGUUCUCUCGUACGAGACGGGAUAUAUCAUUUGUAAUUUGUUGUAUACAUAUGCAAUUUUUGUCAGGA